GCCUCUUGUUCUUCUCUUUGUUAUGUCUUGUGGUGCUGGAAAUUGCGCAAACUCUUUAGAGGUUUAUGAUGAGAUUGUGCCUCCAAGGUGUUUGUAGUAUUGCCUGAGUGAUGGGAAACGGUACUUCCCGUGUUGUCGGUUGUUUCGUGCCGUCCAAUGAGAAAAACGGUGUUGAUUUGGAGUUUCUAGAACCUUUAGAUGAAGGUUUAGGCCAUUCCUUUUGCUACGUUAGGCCAAGCAUCUUUGAGUCUCCGGAUAUUACUCCGUCUAACUCUGAGAGGUUCACGAUUGAUUCAAGCACCCUUGAUUCUGAGACACUCAGUGGUUCUUUUCGAAACGAGGUCGUUGAUGAUCCUUCUUUCUUGAAUAGACACAACAGUAAAGGUUUGGCUGAAACUACGUUUAAGGCAAUCUCAGGUGCUUCCGUUAGUGCCAAUGUUUCCACGGCUAGGACUGGGAAUCAAAUGGCAUUGUGUUCAAGUGAUGUUUUGGAGCCUGCUGCUUCAUUUGAGAGCACAUCUUCGUUUGCUUCAAUUCCUUUGCAGCCGCUCCCUCGUGGUGGUUCCGGACCCUUAAACGGAUUCAUGUCCGGGCCUCUAGAGAGAGGUUUUGCAUCUGGUCCUUUGGAUAGAAACAACGGUUUCAUGUCAGGGCCUAUUGAAAAAGGAGUAAUGUCUGGACCCCUUGAUGUAUCUGAUAAAUCUAAUUUCUCGGCGCCUCUUUAUUUUAGACGUAAAAAGCCUCGGUUUCAACGGUUUAUGAGGAGUGUGAGCGGACCAAUGAAAAGUACACUAGCAAGGACAUUUUCCAGACGGUCUGGAGGAUUAAGUUGGAUGCAUCGCUUCUUCUUGCAUCCAGAGACUAGGGUUUCCUGGCCUGUUGGAAAGGACGGUAAGUUUCAUGGUGAAGACCCAGAAAGUUGUUUAGAGAGCAACCGUAACUUGCAAUGGGCUCAUGGGAAAGCUGGAGAAGACAGGGUUCAUGUUGUGCUUUCGGAGGAACAAGGAUGGCUCUUUAUCGGGAUAUAUGAUGGGUUUAGUGGACCGGAUGCUCCAGAUUUCGUAAUGAGUCAUCUUUAUAAAGCUAUCGACAAGGAAUUGGAAGGUCUUCUUUGGGAUUAUGAAGAGCCUUCUGUAGAUAAUCAAUUGCAGCCAGACCAGGAACCUCCUACAGAAGAGAACUUGUGUGAUCCAGAAUCUAUCAAUGAGAAACAUUCAAAGCCAGUAGUGGCAGGAAGCCAGGAGGUUAUGACUGAUAAUAUCAGUAGCCUUGGAAAUGCCGAUUCUCAGAUUGCUGAUGGUCCACCUGGAAAUUUAGCAGGUCCUGGCAAGAAAAGCACGAGACUUUACGAGCUACUUCAAUUGGAACGGUGGGAAGGAGAAGAAAUCGGGCUUCAAGAUUCUCAUGGAGGGAGUGUGGCUCUAAACGAUAUGACCAAUCAGGUUGAAAAUCCAUCUACUUCAGGUGGAGGAGCUGGAAAUGAUCCGUGUACCACCGACCGUAGUGUUCUUGAUGGUAUUCCGACCUUGGGACAAAGCCAUGGGACUAAAAAAUCACAGAUAAGCUCUAAGAUAAGAAGAAUGUAUCAAAAGCAGAAGUCUUUGCGGAAAAAGCUGUUUCCUUGGAGUUAUGAUUGGCACAGGGAAGAAGGGACUUGCGUUGAAGAGAAGAUAGUGGAGUCACCGGGACCGAUUAGGAGACGCUGGUCAGGAACUGUAGACCAUGAUGCUGUUCUAAGAGCAAUGGCUAGAGCACUAGAAAGUACCGAAGAGGCUUACAUGGAAAUGGUAGAGAAGUCUCUUGACAUAAACCCAGAGCUUGCACUAAUGGGUUCAUGUGUUCUUGUAAUGCUAAUGAAAGAUCAAGAUGUUUACGUGAUGAACGUUGGGGAUAGUCGGGCUAUCUUAGCCCAAGAAAGGCUCCAUGAUCGUCACUCUAAUCCCGGUUUUGGGAAUGAUGAGGGUAUCGGGCAUAAGAGUAGGUCUCGAGAAUCACUUGUGCGUAUGGAACUGGAUAGAAUAUCAGAGGAAUCUCCAAUACACAAUCAAACAACUCCGAUCAGUGUCUCAAACAAAAACAGAGAUGUGACCUCAUACCGGUUAAAGAUGAGAGCAGUUCAACUCUCAAGUGACCAUAGCACAAGUGUGGAAGAGGAAAUUUCGCGGAUUAGAUCUGAACAUCCGGAAGAUGACCAGUCCAUACUCAAAGAUAGAGUCAAAGGCCAACUAAAAGUCACUCGAGCUUUUGGUGCCGGAUUUCUCAAAAAGCCGAAUUUCAAUGAAGCUUUGCUAGAGAUGUUCCAAGUAGAGUACAUUGGAACAGAUCCAUACAUCACCUGUGAACCGUGUACCGUCCAUCACAGACUCACUUCAAGCGAUCGUUUCAUGGUUUUAUCCUCGGAUGGAUUGUAUGAAUACUUCAGCAACGAAGAGGUUGUUGCUCACGUGACUUGGUUCAUCGAAAACGUUCCUGAAGGGGAUCCUGCUCAAUACCUCAUUGCAGAGCUUCUCUCUCGUGCAGCCACCAAAAACGGGAUGGAGUUUCAUGAUCUGUUGGAUAUUCCGCAAGGAGAUCGAAGGAAGUACCAUGAUGAUGUCUCUGUCAUGGUUGUAUCCAUUAUGUUAUCUCUUCGUAACCUCACUACUAGCUUCGUCGCUCUUCCAUCUCGAUCUAAGCCGUUAUCGCCGUCUUUGCGUCGUCGUUUAGUUCGUUGUCGACUUACGGAGGCGGCAACUUUUGCACCUCUUGGUGUGGUCUCCGGAGAAUCGGAACGAGCGAUUGGUAGCUUAACUGAGCUGAAAAACGGCGGUGGCUGGAAGGUGGAAGAUGAGCUUCCCCCGGCGGAAGAUGGACGUGAAGGAGGAGUGGAAGAUGACGAUUCGGAGGAGGAGGAGGGGAUUUCGAGUAUUCAUGUUCCUCGUGAGAAAUACAUCAAUGUCUCCAAGUCUGAUCUCGUUAAUGGUAUUGUAACGAAGCUCCUCGAUUCUCAAGACGGAGACACUGAUAUCUUCCUCCUACUUUCCUCGUGCUUAGACUCUAUCCUUCACGCGGAGCACAAGAGGAUUUUAGAGCAAAUGAGAGCCGAUUUCGUCGCUACUCAGUCCCUGGAGGAGGUAAAGACUGGUGGUGAUUCAUCGGGUGACGAAGAAAGUUCUACUUCAGGUGGAGAAACUGACUCAGAGGAGGAACUUAACUCGAAUGUCAAAAACUCUGAACCUAGGAGUGUUAAUGGAUACGAUGGUUUAUCAUUCCCUUUGGCUGAUGGUUUCGACAUUUGGACCUUUUUAAUAUCCUCUGGCAAAAAUGCAAAGAAACGUUCUGCUGAAAGUGUAAUGGCUGCAACCCGGUUCCAGCGUUCUUUCAUUCAGCUCCUAGACAAUGCCGGUUUUGAAGAGCUUUCAGCUAGGGAUUUGGCAUUGACGUCGGCUCUGAACACGGAUUACCUUCUUACUUUGCCUGUAUACGUUGAUUGGAAGAAGGCAUCAGAGUCUAAUGCUAUUGUUUUCAGGCGUGGAUUUGCAACUGAGAAGGAGAAGGGUUUGUUACUUGUGGAGAAGCUAGACUAUAUCCAGUCUAAAGUUCUACAAGGAAUCUUCUCUACUAUUGCAAAACCCUUGAGAAAAGUUGGAAAAUUGAUAAACAAGGCGUUAAGUGAGGCUUCUCAAACUCAAGAAAUUCAAGAUUUAUCAGAGAGAAUGAAAGUUUGGCUCAAGGACCUAUCCCUUUUUAAGGAAUCAUAUCUUGACCAAACUUCUGACAAUUUCUUGAGAGAGGGGUUCCUUCCAGAUUCAGUCCUCCCCAUGCGGUUAGCAGCACAAAGGGCGGUCAGUCGGUAUGAGGGGCUUCUGACACCUGUUGGUCCUCGCGCAAAGCUCUUCAAAAAGUUGCUUGGUUGGAUUGGUUUCAUUUCUCCUGAUUAUGAAACACCAUCUGAGCUAGCUAAUGACAGUAAUGCAUCUGAACCUUAUUUAAGGCCGAUUUUCUUAUCAAGGAUGACACUGGCUGAUAUAUGGAAACCUGCUUCAAAGAAAGCUUGUGGAAAUGAUGUCUGGAAAAGAAUAAAAACUUCGAUUUCCAUUCUUUUAUCACCUUCAACUCUGCAGGAGCCUGCAUUUGAAGAACUAAUUUUGCUUUACACGAAGGAUGCAAGUGAAAAAGAUGAUAAGAAUAAAGAUGAAACACGAUCAUCAUUACAAUUGGAGAUAUUUGAAAGAAUUCCAAUUCCAGAUUUACCUGUAAUUUUCCCUCACAAGAAGCUUUACUUUCGCGUCAUAGAUACAGUACGUUUGGAUAUUGCUAGUAUUUUGGGACUUACGGCAUACUUUGUAAACUACAAGUUUGAGAACAUCUCAUCAUCCCCAUCAGCAUUCUUUCUUGACGUGAUCGCCGUCACAGCUCUGUUAAUAUAUGCAACACGCGUGGUUUUGGGUUACAAGCAGACAUGGGAUAGAUAUCAAUUGUUAGUAAACAAGACACUUUAUGAGAAAACCUUAGCCAGUGGCUUUGGUUCUGUCCAUUUCCUUUUGGAUGCCUCGGAGCAGCAACAGUACAAGGAGGCAAUAUUGACAUAUGCAAUUAUUCUUCAAGCGGGAAAAAAUCAGAAUAUGUCUUAUCAAGGAGUUCGAGAUAGAUGCGAGAGAUUCAUGUAUGACACUUUCAAAAUAAAGGUUGAGAUGCGAGUAGAAAAAGCUAUAAGCACGUUGGUGAGGCUUGGUCUAGUAACAGAGACACUGGUCGAUAGCAACACCAAGCUACAGGCUGUUCCUUGUCCUCAGGCUUAUAUGUCGCUUAAAGAACUAUGGAGCAGUCUGCUUGGUUGAAUACAGUCCGUGUUUGAAAGAAGCAACCUAGUAACAUUUUUGCUAUAUUGUACAAGAUCUUCAGUAAAACCCGAAUAGAUUGUACAUAAACAGAAUCUAACAUA